AUGAUCACGACGUGGAUCGUGGCCAUGAUAAUGAUGAACAUUGGCUGCUUGAACACAAUGGAACGCUUGGGGCCAGCGGACUCAGAAGAUGAUUCGGGAUCAUUGCCACGCCUUGCCCCUAGUCCCCACAGCGAAGCGGUUGCUCACGAACUCCAGGAACUCUCCUUGCAACCCAUCCAGUGCUUGCCUCCCCUUAACGAAAGGAAGAACGUACUUCAACUGAGGCUACAACAACGGCGGACACGAGAACAGCUGGUGGACCAGGGAAUCAUGCCACCCUUGAAGAGCCCAGCGGCUUUCCACGAGCAGAUAAAGAGCCUGGAAAGAGCCAGGACUGAAAAUUUCCUGAAGCACAAGAUACGCAGUCGACCCGAUCGAUCUGAGUUAGUCAGAAUGCACAUCCUGGAAGAGACGUUUGCAGAGCCUUCUCUACAGGCAACCCAGAUGAAACUGAAGAGGGCCCGGCUGGCGGAUGACCUGAACGAGAAGAUAGCUCAGAGGCCUGGCCCGAUGGAGCUGGUGGAAAAAAACAUCCUCCCCGUUGAUUCCAGCGUUAAAGAAGCCAUUAUAGCGGUCGGUCAGGAGAGCUACCCUCAGGCUUUGGAGGAUUUCUCCUUCGACGAGGACAGCAGCGAUGCUUUGUCUCCCGAUCAGCCAGCUAGUCAGGAGUCCCAGGGCUCUGCGGCAUCCCCCGGUGAGGCCAAAGUGAGGGAAGCGCCGUCUCCAGCCACGCCAGCCUCCUCUGCUAACCAGUAUCCUCCGUUAGCAUCAUCAGUAUCUGAAUUUUUGAAGCCGUCUGUCAUUGAUCAGCACACUUCCCAUCCUACAACUGCUGCUCCUCUUACCACAAAUGCCGUGUCUACAGUGAAACAUUGCAGUGGGCCGACACUGGUAAAGCAGCCUCACCCCAAGAACCCAAGCGAAAAGCCUCGGAGCAAGAAGUGCAAAGACCCCAAGCCCAGAGUGAAGAAGCUCAAGUACCACCAGUACAUCCCCCCGGACCAGAAAGGUGAGAAGACUGAGCCGCCGAUGGACUCCAACUAUGCCCGUUUGCUCCAGCAGCAGCAGCUUUUCUUGCAACUGCAGAUCCUGAGCCAACAGCAACAACACUACAACUACCAGACGAUUCUUCCCGCCCCACUCAAGCCAGUAAGUGACAAUCAGGGCACCUGUGGGAAUGCACAACUGACAACUUUGAACAACAGCACAUUGUCAGCGGCAGCCGGCACGCAAAGACAGAACAAUACUAUCUCCAAUAGAAAACUGGGACCUCUGCCUCCUAGCUUGGAUGACUUAAAGGUAGCUGAACUGAAAAUGGAACUAAAGCUAAGGGGAUUACCUGUGUCUGGAACUAAAAUGGAUCUUAUUGAGCGUUUGAAACCCUAUCAGGAUCUUAACAACAAUUCCGUCAGCACAAGCAAUGCGCCGGCCGUCACGACGUCCGCUAACAGUAUGAGUAAUCCUGGGGAAGCAGCCGCCGUAUUCCCUGUCGGUAUGUUAAAUAAGCCAGCAGUUACGUCCGUCCCCUGCUUUUCUUCGGAAGCCCCGUCUGUUGGAACUGGCAGCAAACCAACGUACAUGGAAUGCCUCAGUUCCCCCCUGCCCAUUUCCCCGUCUCCUUCGGAGCAGUCGAAUCUCAGCGCCGACGACACUAACAUGGCAGACACUUUGUCCGAAAUCAUGACCCUGAUGUCACCGCCGCAGCUCCCAGGCGCGUCCCCGGUGAGGGCAAGCGAGGACGGCCACGUGGAUGGAGGCACGGGACUUGCGGCGGCUGAGAAGGACCGCAGGCUCAAAGAAAAAGAGAGGCAGAUUGAAGAGCUCAAGAAAAAACUGGAACAAGAGCAGAAGCUGGUGGAAGUGCUGAAGAUGCAGCUGGAAGUGGAAAAGAGGGGUAACCAGCAGCCCUCCCCGGCGGGUUCGGCGCCUGUUUUGAACCGGAAGCCCGUCGGCGCAGCUGUCAAAGAGGAAGGCGCGUUAGUGGAUUGCUCUGAUGCGAGACGAUCCCUGCCUGAAGCCGGCCAAUCUGCAGGACAGCCCGCCUCCGCGGGGGUCCAGAAUCUCAUUGCCAAAAAAGCCCUUGUUAUCAAGCAGGAGGUUCCUCUGGCCAAAGUGGAGCCCCAGAGCAUCCUCUCUCAGUUUUACGUCGGCUCGCAGAGGCAACCUCAGACCGCCGUGGUGGCUCAGCCGCAGGCUGUCCUGACUGCUCAGGGAACAGCCCAGCUGCUUCUGCCGCUCUCUCUCCAGGGUCCAAACCCAGCCACUUCAAUGCAGCUCCCUGUUGGCAACAUCCAGGUACAGGUAUUUCCUUCUACCUCACCAAACGCAGUGUUUUCCUAUCAGAACCAGUCUGUGACAACUCUGCCGCAGCCAUUGUUUAGCCAAGUGUCGAGCGCAGCUGUUCACUCAGGAAACCAAGUCCCCAUGGUGCAGAACGGACCCAGCGCUCCUCAGAAGCCUGCCUCCCCGCCUCAGUCCCAGCAUUACGGCAUCCAGCAGCCUCUCUUCAGCCGCCCGGUCGCCAAGGCAAAAGACCCCCCGCGCUACGAAGAAGCCAUAAAACAGACGCGCAGCGUGCAGGCUUCUCAACGAGAGAUUUCCAGUGCGCACAGCCAGCAGAUGGACGACCUCUUUGAUAUCCUCAUUAAGAGCGGAGAGAUUUCCCUGCCUACCAAGGAAGAACCUUCUCUGAUUUCCAAAAUGAGGCCGGUCACUGCCAAUAUCACCACCAUGCCGGUGAACACGGUGGUGUCUCGUCCGCCGCCUCAAGUCCAAAUGGCCCCUCCCCUCUCCUUAGAAUCAACAAGCAAUUUCUCGAUAUGUCUGGAGAACCAGCUGGAAGCCCUCUUGGAAGGGACUCUGCCUUCGGGGAACGAAAUGCCUCCGGCGGGAAGCCGUGGCGAGGACAGAGAACCCUUCUCUCUCAUCGAGGAACUUCAGAACGACCUCCUUAAUCAUUCGGGCAUUAUAGAUCAUUCGCAGUCACCUAUGGAAACGUCCGACUCGCAGUUCACUACGACUAGCUCCUGUUUAUCUCUCGAUCUUCCAGACGCAAAUUUAGAUAACAUGGAAUGGCUAGAUAUUACCAUGCCAAACAGCUCUUCGGGGUUGACUCCGCUCAGUGCUACGGCUCCGAGUUUGUUUUCCGCAGACUUCCUCGACCCCCAGGACCUGCAGCUGCAAUGGGACUAA